AUGGACAACCGAUUCUCAGCCCAUCAUGAGCCCGAGAACAGCUCCUCGGGCCGACCAACACCACAGCAGCACAAUAGAUCAAAUUCACUGGCAUCACGUCUUUCAACUCGACAACCCCAACCGACGCAGCCUAGUUCGGUCCUCGCCGGACCUAACAAUCUGCCCGUCCCAGUUAGUCUGCACUCCUCCCAGCCGAUGCAGAAGAAGUCCUACAGUGCCGGGCCGAUCAUUUAUCCACCCAAAUCUAACUUCGAUGCCAUCAGGGGUCGCUUUGGUCUCAAUCAAACCACCACCACCACCAAUUAUCAAUCCAACUAUACUCCAUCCGCCAACAUCUCAUCAUUGGGUAUCCACAGGCGCGGCAGUAGUAAUGGUGCGGCCGGCUUGGGCACUCAGACCACCAACAACCCCACUCUUACCACCGCUCAUCAUCAGAAACGUUUCAGUACUAGCACGCUUGACAGCUCGACCUACGAAUCCAACAACCGACCGGCCGUCAGUGCUUCAAGUCUAAUGUCUGGCAGCCACUCCUCGGCCCUCCAACGCAGCUCUUCCGCAAAUCGCCGUCGUCCACUCUCCGUCAUCGAUCCUCCAUCUAAACUUAACGUCGAUCCCCACCACUCUUCACCCGAUACCCAUUAUCUUGACCGAUCUCAACUGGAACCUGUUAAUGAAUAUGGAGGACAAGACCCUAGCAGUUAUCAUCUCCGACGUGCUCACAGCUCCAAUCAAUCUCAUUCUGAAGCGGAUCAACUGAUACCUGUCGGACAAGUUGAAGAUGUUGUUGGAUUACAUGGUCGAUUGAGACUUACUAAAGAUUUACCUCAGUCGCCGGUCUCAACCUACAAUAAUCGCUAUUCAGGUGGUUUGAAGCUACUCGAGUCUCAGCGUCAUUUAUUACAGGCCUAUGAGUAUCUUUGUCACGUUGGAGAGGCCAAGGAUUGGCUGGAGCUGGUCUUAGAGAUGAAUGUCGCCGACGGCCCAAUACCAGCAGCCAGUCCGGCCUUACCACACCCGCCAGGGUCGCCUAUACCGUCGUUGACCGGAACGGCCAAUCCUUCCGGCGAUCAAGCAACACAUCAACUGCACAAUCUUUCAGUCACCGAAUUCGAACAGACCUUGCGUGAUGGCGUAAUCCUUGCUCGCCUGGCUCGACGCUUCCGUGGUCGCGAGCAUGUACCCAGGAUCUUCAUCCACCCCAAGCUCCAAUACCGGCAUAGCGAUAACAUCAACUAUUUCUUUCAGUUUGUAAGGUUUGUAAGAUUACCUGAAUUGUUUAUUUUUGAACUAGUAGAUUUAUACAAUGCCAAGAACUUACCUAAAGUGAUUUACUGUAUCCACGUUUUAUCUCAUUUGUUAGCUAAACGAGGAAUGGCCGAGCGAAUUGGCAAUUUGGUCGGAAAAUUACAAUUUUCAAAUGAUCAAUUGGAACAAACAAAUGCCGGACUAGUUGGGAAAUCGAUGCCAAACUUUGGAGACAUCAACAAAGAGCUUGCCAAAGAAUGCAAAGAAGAAUUCGAGGUUGAAGUAGAGUCAGAAUCCGAUCGGAUUGACCGCGAAUUGUCCGAUCUGCUUCCCGAAGUGAUCGGCCUACAAAGUCAACUUCGCGGCUACCUGGCGCGUGUUCAACAUGACGAACUGCUUGCAAAACUUGAUGAUCAUCUACCCGCCACAAUCGCGUUGCAAGCAACCCUGCGUGGGCACCUACAACGUUCCUCGGGUGCGCAGUUGUCGGCCGACCUUUCCAUCAACCUUCCGCGGAUCGUUGGCUUCCAGGCUGUUGUUCGCGGCGCACGGUGCCGUCGGAAAUGUCGAGCAGCACUUAAGCUUCGCAAAGAACUAGAUAUUUGGGCCAUCGCUCUACAAGCCGCCGGCCGUGCCCGCCUAGCUCAGCGCAACUAUUCGAAGACGUGUGGUACUCUGGGAAAACUAGAUUUUCUGUGGACUGCUCUCCAGGCUCAUGCCCGAGGAAGUCUGGUGCGGGCUCGUCGGACGAAGGUAAUGAGCUCUGCGAUCGAAUGUGAGCGGGCUUUUACCGGCGUGCAGGCGCUUGUUCGGGCUCGUCUAAUGACUCAGGCUGUCCGGGAGCGCAAGAAACGACUGGAGACGGUCGAGGUGGCUAAUUCAGUCGUCAAAGUGCAGUCCCAAAUCAGGGGCCUCCUCGAGCGACGAAGGUUUUUCGAGCCGAUCCAUCAGCUCGAUCGGCACGAGUCGGCGAUGGUUGAGUUCCAAAGCCUAAUUCGAACCCGGCUCGUUCAGGCAAAGCUUGGCAAGAUGGUUUCUGAAUUGAUGGCCAGCGAACAAGAUGCGAUCCCGUUCCAAUCGGUCUGCCGAGGCGCCCUCAGUCGUAGGGCCCUCCUUAACUUCAUCCAAUCCUUACAGGAAUGCGAUGGCUCGAUCACCGCCUUCCAAGCCUGUUGUCGCAAGAUGCUCGUCCGCAGAGCUUAUACCCAAAAGGCAAAAGCGCUCAAUCGCGUCGAAGUUACUCGAUCAGUCGGUGGUCUACAAGCCUUUGUCAGGGCCGGCUUGAUUCGGAAGAAAAUCGUUAACCAGAAAAAGGAGCUCGAUUUCAUUCAGCCCGACGUCGUCGGUAUCCAAGCCCAAUGCCGCGGCGUGCUGGCACGACUCGAAUGGCAGGCUUGGUUUGCGCACGUACAUUCUUCCGUACCCACCGCCAUCUUCCUCCAAAGCCUAACCCGCGGGUUCUUGGUCCGACGUCAGUUUUUUGAGACAUUGAUGCAUUACCAUAAUCAAAUAGACAAGGUCAUCAAAGUACAAUCUGUCUAUCGAUCACGUCAACAAGCAUCUCAAUACAGAGCUUUAACCCGACGAAUAAAUGUGCCGAUUUCUGCGAUCAAAGCUUUCCUUCACCUGCUCAAUGAUUCCGAUUCCGACUUUCAAGAUGAGAUCGAGCUCUCGAGGCUCAGGACGGAGGUGGUUAGACUGAUCCGAGACAACCAACAGUUAGAUGGACAUGUGAAUGAGCUGGAUACGAAGAUCGCUCUACUGGUGAAGAACAAGAUCACCUUGGAUGAAGUUCAACGGACCAGUGGGGGUGGUAGUGGGGGAACCCGCCGGAGAAAAGAUCUAACCUAUCGCAAUUCGGUCUUGGCGGCCGCAAACGACCCGUUUGCGAUUGUCUCAUCACUCGGCGGUGGGAACCUAAAUGGAUCCUCUUUAUUAUUUGAUAAAACAACUAAACGGAAGCUAGAAAUCUACCAAGAAUUCUUUUACCUCCUCCAAACGAAACCGGAGUAUCUCUCUCGUGUCUUCUUUAUCAUCAAGAACUUGCCCUCCCUCCCUCCCAAUCCGGACGCCCCAUUUCAGGAUCCACCUCCCCCGAAAAGACCAGUCAUGGUGACGGAGAAAGUCAAGAAAGUCGUCGAGGGAGUCGUCUUGACGUUGUUCGGCUACGCUCAAAUGCGCCGUGAGGAAUUCCUCCUCUUAAAGCUCUUCCAGAGAUCUAUUCACGAGGAACUCGCUGGCGUCGUCUCUUUGUCUGAGUUCAUCAUGGGCAAAUUUACCUUUAUAAAUCUAUUGAUGCAAUACGGUCGGGGGGCCAAAGAGCGGAGAUAUUUGAAAGACUUAUUGGGCCCUGUGAUCAAUGAAACUGUGAAUGAUGACAACGACCGUGGAAUGAUGAAUAUCGAAACAGAUCCUAUCAAGAUUUACCGGUCGGUUAUCAAUGAAGAGGAAACCCGGACAGGCAUCCAGAGUACCAGGCCUCUCGACGUCACUUUUAAUGAAGCUCUGGCUGAUCAAGAAACUUUAGCGCUAUUCAUCAAACAUCUUCAAUCUUUGCGAACUUUGACCGAUCGAUUCUUGUAUGCAAUCACCAGUGCACCACAGAAGAUGCCAUUCGGUAUUCGCUACACAGCGCGCGAAAUGUUCCGAGACGACAACCCGUACCUGGUCCCGUUGAAUGAAUAUGUGUGCCAAGCAACGGAGACAUUUAUCAAUUGGUUCUACGCUCUGGUUGAUGUCGAGGACGCGGAGAUCCAUUUCGCCGUCGAUGAAUAUCUGGACCAUACCGUGUCAACCAAGCCGGUCAUUUACAUCUCUCCUAAUGAAAUCUAUUUGACGCAUUCAUUGGUUAUGCAAGACUUGGACCUCAUUGCUCCGUCGCGUGAUGAUCCUCUCAAAGCUUUGCUCUUGGAGUUGGGCGCCGCUCCCAGUGCUGCCUCGGCUGAGCUGGAUCAUGCUCGUGCUGGUGAGAUCGCAUUGCCGCUGCAGAACAAAUUGACUGUCAAAUUAGAGGCGGAUGUGAAAUCCUUAUGGUUAAGAACAAAGCGAUACGUUUUGGCUAUGCUGAAAGUACAACCAGGGGUGACGCUCUUGGAUGCCUUUUUAGCCCCGGUUACCGAGGAACACGAGCUCGAAUGGGCCCGAAUCGUCUCUGAUGAAAUCGAGUGCGAACGCAAUCGCAAACGAGACUCUCCUACCAUCUCUUCCUCUGACCAAAAUCAUUCUGCCCAUACCUUGGAAGAUGUGCAUUCCCUUUCUUUCCAGGAAUUGAAGGCCAGGACUUUAGAAAACGUUCUGGCACUCGAGAAGAGAGGAAAAUUAGAUCGAAAUGAUAAUUAUCAGGGUAUCUUAGAUUCUUUGGCCAAUGACAUUCUGCAACGAAAUCGAAAAAGGAUUCAACGAAGGAUCGAUAGCUCAGUCCUUGUGAACACGCUCAUGAAUCUUAAAGACAAACAAAAGUAUUUGGAAGAUCAAGAGGCACAAUAUCACAGCUACAUCUCCGAUUCGAUGGCUGCUAUGCAGAAAAAGGGCGGGAAUAAGAAGCGGUUCAUUAUGCCUUUCACGCCGCAAUGGCAUCAUGUCAGGACACUUGAAAAGCAAGGCCGGAAACCUAAGUUUGGCUCAUACAAGUAUUCGGCUCAAAGGCUGUAUGAGAAGGGAAUCUUAUUAGCGGCCAAAGAUUUUUCCCCGAAACAAUUUGACAAGUUGUUCGUAAUCAUCAGCUGUGAUGAGGUCGGAAUCUUCAAGGUCGAGGUCCGGUUUAUGGAUAAGUUGGUGAAAGGUACUAGCAAUGGUAAUGGUUCGAGUAAUAAUAAUAAUCAGUUGGCUAGUACUAGCAGUCAUGCUGGCAACCAUAAGGAUGGGAUCGACGAGCUGCGGAUGGAGGACUUGCUCGAAGACCAGUUCUCUGGAAAACAGUCCCUCAACCUCGAGAUUGUCAAACUCAAUUUGAACCUCUUGCUCCAUUUGAUCAAUCGAAAGACCAAGACCAAUCAUCAAACUGUCACCGGAACGUUUGGCAAUUCUUGA